ACGCCCCCAGGUGAGCCUUGCUGGCCCCUCUCCUCUUGUCUUUAUCUCCACGCCUCUGCUUUCACAAUGCCGGCCUCUAUUGAGCUUCCCACACUUACUGUCGUCCAGCUGGAGCUGCACCCGCCAGGCGUUCUGCUGAUGCGCUUCAACCGGCCCCAGAGCAUGAACGCAAUGGCGCCCGAGUCGUACCGCGAAUGGCGCCAAGUGAUGCAGUUCGUCCACAGCACGCCCACCCUGCGCGCCCUUGUAAUCACCGGCAACGGCCGCGCAUACUCUGCCGGCCAGGACCUCAACACAAACCCCACAUACCGGACGCGCGACGAAGAGCUGGCGUCAAUCAAGGCGCGCAACGACCUGACGCGCGACCUGACCCGGCUCAUCAUCACCAGCCCGAUCCCAAUCAUCGCCGCCGUCAACGGCCCGGCCGUCGGCUACGCAUGCACGACGCUGGCCCUGUGCGACCUGGUGAUUUCGGUCGAGAAGGCCAUUUUCCGGACCCCGUUCGCCGAGCUCGCAUUCUGCGCCGAGGGCUGCAGCUCAGUGACCUUCCCGCGCAUCCUCGGCCCCAUGCUCGCCAACGAUAUGAUCCUGUUCGGCCGCACUGUGUCUGCAGCUGAGAUGCACCAGCAUGGGUUCAUUGCACGGAUUGUCGAGCCGUCGGCAUUGCUGGAAACUGCGCUGGGCGUCGCCAAGGAGAUGGCCGGGCAUUCGCAGCGCGCAAUCCGGGUGUCGCGCAGCCUGAUCCGCAACGAGCGGUUUGUUGACGAGCUGGUUAAGGCAAACGACGCCGAAAUGGAUGAGCUGUACAAGUGCAUGAUCUCAGAUGAUGCCAAGGAGGCGGUGAGGAAGGUGUUCAUGCGGCUUCAGGCAAAGGCGAGGAAGCCCAAGAUUUAAGAACAGAAAAAUACUCCCUUUGUGUAUGUGCGGUGCUGAAUUUCAGUCGUCAUAGCCUUGCAUUAUGAGUAUAUACUGCUCUGGUUGCUACGAUAAACUCUCUUCAUGCAUGCUCUAGCCACACGCUCCCAUUUAGAAAGGAACAUGAUGCAGCUAACCCGGCGCCAGGCAUCGGUGAAUGUAGUUAAAAUGAAAAAAUGCCUCGUUUCGGCACUCAUCCAACUCUCUUCUGGUUUGAACCUCAUUUUGUACAGCCCUUUAAGCAAACUAUGCCAUC